GGCUCUUGGGUGGAGCAGCUUCAGUCGUGUUUCCGCGCCGACUGUCUGGACUUUUCUGUCUGUACCAAACAUGAAGCUGUCAGGACUGUUGGCCGUGUUGUUACUUCUCUGUGCUGACCGCAGGGGCUCCGGGUCUCAUCCCAAACCCUCCUGCCGUUACCCUCCAUCUCAGUGGUGUCGAUCCCUGAAGAUAGCAAUAGAGUGCAAGGUUCAGAAGCAGUGUAUGGAGGUAAACGCUACCAGACCAAACCAGUCUGUUCCUCCAGUGGUGCUCACCCUGUACUAUGAGAGUCUGUGUCCAGCCUGCAGAGUCUUCAUCAGCCAGCAGCUCUUCCCCACCUGGACCAUGCUGCAGGACAUCAUGACCAUCACUCUGGUCCCCUACGGGAACGCUAAGGAGCUUUCAUCAGCGAACUUUCCCUUUGCCUGUCAGCACGGAGAGCCUGAAUGCAGAGGAAACAUGAUUGAGGCUUGUAUCAUCAGUUUAACGGGACACUCUGCACUUCAAAUCAUCUACUGCAUGGAGUCGGCUGCAGAUGUCCUCAAAGCUGCCCAAACAUGUCUCCAGCUGUACGCACCUUCUGUCCCCUGGGCCAGUGUUGACUCCUGUUUAAAGGGACGUCUGGGACACCAGCUGAUGCAUGCCAACGCCGCCAUGACCAGAGCUCUGAACCCCGCCCACACACACGUCCCCUGGGUCACCUUCAACGGGGAAUACACAGAAGAGAAUGAGGACAAGGCGAUGUCGUCCCUUUUCCAGUUGGUCUGCCAGCUUUACAAGGGGGUGAAGCCUCCAGCCUGCACUGGAGCUCCAGUCAAACUGAAUAGAGGCUUCUGCUGAACGCAACAAACAAAACUGCUUUAAAACUGUGGAUCAUAACAUGCAUGCAGUAAUGUACCAUGUAACGCUAUUAAAAUCAUACUAACGGG